AAUAAAGCUAGUACUGGUCUGGUCUGCACGCACAGCACCUUCAAUGUCACAUCUGUUAUGUGUAAAGUAGCUACAUGGCUCACAGCGAAUUAGUUUUUUAAACGUAUCAAACAUGUAUAAAUUAAAUUGUAUAUUAGUUAGUUCUGUGGGUAACGGAUGCCGGCAGCUUGCCGUCUUGCUAAAUGCAAACAGAAGUUCUCUGUGUGGAGGCAGCGCGUUGCAACGAGCACUGUGUAGCGGCGCUGUCGGACUUCAGGAGACCACCACAGACUCUGGGAAAUCCUCCAGAGACUACAGCCAUUUCCCUCCACUGCCUGGCCAGGAAAGUUCACUGCGAUGGGGUGGAAAGAAGUUUGAGGAGUUACCCAUCGCUCACAUUAAAGCCACAUACAACAACACACACAUCCAGCUGACGGAGAGCACAGGACAGUCGGUGGUCAGGACGUCCUGCGGAACAGAAGGCUUCAAGAACAUCAAGAAGUCGACGCCCAUCGCUGCUCAGACAGCCGGCAUCUCUGCAGCCGCGAAAGCCACAGCGAAGGGCGUCACGUUUGUCCGUGUCGUGGUCAAAGGUCUUGGUCCUGGACGUCAGUCUGCGAUCAAAGGCCUGACGAUGGGAGGCCUGGAGGUGGUAUCGAUCACAGACAAUACCCCCGUGCCGCACAACGGAUGCCGCCCACGCAAGGCCAGAAGGACGUGAUCUCUGUGGACCAGAAUGCACUGCAGCAAGAGGACGCUGUGGUUAUGUGCUAAUAAAGUGUUGUUGCAUAACAU